AUGAUGCUUCCUGUGUUUUCCAGCACUAUGUUGCCGACCACCUCGCCGCAGAACGGAAGCCUGAGCGCCCGCGAUGCGGCACGCCACACAGCGGGCGCCAAGCGCUACAAAUACCUGAGGAGGCUGUUGCACUUCAAAGCCAUGGAUUUUGAGUUUGCAGUGUGGCAGAUGCUCUACCUGUUCACCUCCCCACAGAGAGUCUACCGCAACUUCCACUACAGGAAGCAGACCAAGGACCAGUGGGCCAGAGACGACCCUGCCUUCCUGGUGUUACUCAGCAUCUGGCUCUGUGGUCAGUAUCUUGGGUCUUUUUCACAGCAGUCGAUCUAUAACAAUCACCUGUCCUUUCUGAACAAGUGUGGUAUGCGGGAACUGUGUAGCAAUAGUUUGACCACUAUAAUCACUUUUUGCAAUUUAGAGAAAGUAUAAAUAUGCACAACCCCAACAAAAAGCAAAGCACAUUUAAAGCAUCAUAUUAAAGCUUUGAUUAAAAAUGAUAAAGCAGCAACAGAAAUCAUAAGCCAACUCAAAAUUGGAUGCAAUAAGGCUUUUUUGUAUCGGAUAUAACCAGCAAUCAAGUAGGAAUGAAUGUAUCAUUUGGAGUAUUCAUGUCUGGUUAUGGGGCCCUCUUUCCACUGACUUGGGCUCAUCUCACGUGAUUAAAACAGAUCAGAGACAUAAAUAGAGUUUGUGAUGAGCCUGUGCAGUCUCAAGGAAAUUAUUUGAUGAUCAGGCACUCCACAUGCUCGGCACUGACACAAAUGACUGAUGAUUGGCUGUAAGACAUUGAUAGUAAGAAGAUUGUGGGAGCUGUUUUGUUAGACUUCAGUGAAGCUUUUGAUGUCGUUGUUCAUAACGUAUUGCUGAUAAAACGUGGGUGUUAUGGAUUUGCAUCCUCUGCCUUAUUAUGGAUUGAGAGUUACCUAUCUAAUAGAACAGAGGGUUUUCGUUAAUGGAAGCCUCAGUUGAGUGUGGUGAACUGCAGGGCAGCCUUGAAUAAAGCCUCUGUGUCUAUGUACGCUGACGACUCAACAGUAUACACGUCGGCUGCAACAGUAAAAUAAAUAACUGAGACACUUAACAUGGAGCUCCAGUCAGUUUUAGAAUGGGUAACUAGCAAUAGGCUGGUGCAAAAUAUCUCAAACUAAAAGCUCAACGCUAAACCUAAUUUAGAUCUAUUAUUAAAUAAUGUGGACUAUUGAGCAAGUUGAGGAGACUAAACGGAUGGGUGUAACCCUAGAUAGCAAGCUGUCAUGGUCAAAACAUAUAGACUCAAUGGUUGCUAAAAUGGGAAGAGGUCUGUCCAUGAUAGGGCGUUGCUCUGCCUUCUUGACGUCUCAGUCGACCAGACAGGUCCUACAGGCCCUAGUUUUGCCACACCUGGACUGCCCAGCUGUGUGGUCAUGUACGGCAAAGAAGGACAUAGGUACAUUUCAGUUGGUCCAGAACAAAGCAGCACGUAUCCACUUAGAUGUACACGGAGGGAAAGUGUCAGCAACAUGCAUGUCAAUCUCUCCUGGCUCAAAGUUAACUGCAUCACUAUUGGUCUUUGUGCGAGGUAUUGAUGUGUUGAAGGUACCGAACUGUCUGUUCAAGCAGUUGUCACACAGUUUGGACAGUCAUCGGUCGACAGAUCUCCCACAAGGUCAAAAACAGGGACUCGAACCAGCGAUCCAUGAUCCCCCCCACAGUUCCCCCCCAGAGAUAAAUAAAAUAAUUCCAUUCCCCACCCCCAAGCCCCCCGUCCCCACGCCCCCCGUCCCCAAUGCACCAACAACCAACAAAAUGAACAAAAGACAAAGGAAAACAACAAUGCAAAAAACAAAAGACAUCAAGGACAACAAGAAUCAUGACAGCAAGGCCAACUGAAUAUGUUUGAGUGCAUGUAUGGAACUAUUUACGUGUGUGUGUGUCCAUGUAUGUGCACGUGUGCAUUUGAAUGAGAGUGUGUGUAUAUGCAUGUGUGCAAACACCUGCACGGCAUCAGCCUCAGGCAAACAGGCAUUAGCUGUAACAACACUGCCCCUCAGUGUCAUUCAAACAUACUUUUUGUUAUGUUUUUAUUUUUACUUUGAUCUUUGAACGUCUUUCUAUCCCCCGCCCAGCAACUCCACUCCCACUUGUCUCCAAUUCCACAUCCCACCCCUCAGCUUCCCUCAGCCCAUCCCAUCUAUCUCUGCUGGUCACCCUACGCCCCAUAUAUCUUUCAACUAUGCUGUGAUGUUUAACAUACAAUUUCAAUCUAUCUAAUCGAAUAUAAUCCACAGAUUGCGAGUUCAAGAUAAAUACUUUUACUAAGAGUAUUAGUAUUAGUAAUUGACUGACCCGGUCUCUCCAGAUCUAUUUCUAGGGUUAAUUUUACAUCAAUGUUAUGCAUUUUCAGCAAUUCCUGAACCUGAGACCAGGCUACCUGAGGGCAAUACCAGAAUAAAUGGUCUAUUGAUUCUGUAUCCUCACAACAAAAUCUGCAGAGCUUCGAUGAUUGUAUGCCCAAAAUAUUCAACAUUUUGUUGGUGGCAAGAAUUCUAUAUAAUAAUUUUAGCUGAAAAGCACAAAGUCUUGAAUCUUGCGUCGUUUUAUAUAUCAACUCAUACCAUGGAAUCGGUACAUCAAAAAUCUCUUCCCAACUAUUUUGCAAUCUACAUGGCACAGCUGUCAACAUCCUGGUCCUCAAAUGAAACUAGUAUACUUUCCUAUUUAUGCUAUGUUUAUUCCUCUGCCAGUUUUGAUCCUUUAUAUUGGGCAGACAGACCAGUUCCCUACCUCCUCCCACUGCCUCCUGCCUCCUCCAGUUUUGGGGUAAUGCUGUAAUCAAUUGGUUGUAAUCUUGGAUUGAGCAGACCUUCCCAUACAAUUCUGAUAACUCCAUGAAAGACAGAACUCUACCAUUCAAAUGUACAAUAUCAUUUCAAAACAAAAUACCCUUUUCAAACAUAUUUCCCAUAAAUACAGGUAUUUUAUCAACCAGCACAUUUGAGUUCAGCCAUAAUAUUUGUUCUAUCUUUUCAGACCUAGAUAUUGUGUGUAUGUACUGAUAUGUGGGCUAUGUGUGACGUUUUAAAUGUAUGUAUUUCAGUCCUUGACUAAUAAUGUUCUGUACCAUGUAUUAUAUCAUGUUUCAUGUGGAUCCCAGGAAGAGUAGCUGCUGCGUAUGCAGCGGCUAACGGGGAUCCUAAUAAAUACCAAAUAUAUUACAAAUUGCAAUAUUAUAAUCUUUCUGCUUUUUGAAUUUAAACUACAAUCGUCAAAACUGUUUCCCUGUGGCUGCGGUUGACACCUGUCUCUCGUCCUCGGUGUAGUGUCCACGGUGGGCUUUGGGUUGGUGCUGGACAUGGGCUUCGUGGAGACUCUGAAGCUGCUGCUGUGGGUGGUGUUCAUAGACUGCAUCGGAGUGGGCCUGCUCAUCUCCACACUCAUGUGGUGAGUAGAGAUGUACAGAUCUGAAAGAACUAGAUGGGUGUACGAUAUAUGGAAUAGCUGGAAGCCUAUAAGAAGGAGCCACAGCAUCAUAUUGUGUGUGUGUCUAUCUGGUCCCUUCAGAUAGAGGCUAGAGGUUGUCUUCGGGACGUGCAAAUGUUUAACUUCUAUCAGUUUUGAAACGCUAGUCCUUCCCCAUGCUCUUCUAAAGGGCCUUUCCUGUCUGUCCUGUAUCCCCAGGUUCAUCACCAAUAAGUACCUGCUGAAGCCCCCCAGUAAGGACUAUGAUGUGGAGUGGGGCUACGCAUUCGAUGUGCAUCUCAAUGCCUUCUACCCCCUGCUUGUCAUCCUGCACUUCCUCCAGCUCUUCUUUAUGAACCGUGAGUGCAAACGUAUUACACAUUUAUAACAUGUUAUAAGAGGUGUUAUUUGUCACAUGUUGUAACAGUGUCUGAUCUCUGCUCUGUUUGUUUCAGAUAUCGUAGUGAUAAACUCCGACUGGUUCCUGGGGUACUUUGUAGGGAACAGUCUGUGGCUGAUAGCCAUCGGCUACUAUCUAUACAUUACAUUCCUGGGAUACAAUGGUGAGGCCCCCAUUAAGUUUUAUUCACCUUUAAAUGGAUAGUUCACUGGGGGAUGAAACCAUCAGACCCUCUAACAAUGGUUACAUCUACCAACUCCAUAUUUACUCCAGUUCCUCUCCCUCUCUGUCUCUCCUCAGCACUGCCCCACCUGCAGAACACAGUGGUUCUGCUCUACCCCUUCGCCCUGCUAGGUCUCCUCUACAUCCUCUCUCUCUCUCUGGGAUGGAACUUCACCAAGGGCCUCUGCUGGUUCUACAAGUACCGCGUCCAGUAG